GCGCAUGUGCAGUCGGAAAUACCGCAAUAUUUGAAAACAAAAAUAAUUACUGUGGGAAACAAACGUUAUAAUAUCAAAGAAUUGGCUGAUUGUCUGGAAUAGAAUCAAAUCAUGGCAGAUGACUUGAUGGACUUCACUGAGGCUGAGAAUGGUGAAAAUAGUCUAGUCGUGGAGCAAGAUGAGAACGAUAUCCCAGUAGUCCCUGGUCUUGUUCAGUCACCAGUCAUUGUUAACUCUAUAUUGAAACAAUCAAAUAAAGACAACCUAAUCCAGUUGUAUACACCUGUGCAGAAACCAGAAAAGGGCAGGCUUAAGGUACACUUUGGACAUGACAGUUUGCUUCAGACACCAAAUGUGAAGCAAGUCAAAAAGAAGAUGGAUGUGGUCACACCAAUAAAAGAAGAAUCUGAAAAUUCAGCCAAAGGUGUGAAGUUUGAUGUUGAAGAUAAAGAGAAUAUGUCAGGGAAAACGUCUCACACUGAUGUUACAAAGAAAGCUGAGAGUGCUGAAAUUGGUGGGGAAAUUGCAAAGGACACUGGUGUGGAAGUUGCAAAGGAAAUUGUUAAUCAAGUGAUUGAUCAAAUUCCUAUAAAAGAUGAUGUUGAUAGCAGCAGAAAUAGUGCUGACAGUGGUAUCGAUGAAAGUGCUAUGGAAGUCAGUAUUUGUGAACCUCAGACAUUUGAAGAACCAUCAGACUCAGGUCUUGAUCAUACAAAUGAUAUCCUCCGUCAAGCUGAGUUGUUGUUGAAAUCACUGCAAGGUGGCAGUGUCAGUACAGACACGGUUGCUGAGGAACCUUCAAACACAGCUCCGGCACCAGAUGAAGGUAUUGAAGAGAAAGUAGAUGCAGAUGUUAAGAUUGAGAAACAAACAUCAGAAGCUGCAUCAGGACCAGAAAGUCAAACUGACAAGGAAGAGACAAGAAAUGUUGCAGAGACUGGAGGAAGUGUAGUUGAUAGCAAGAGCAGUGAAACUGAAAAACCUGAAAUGGAGAGCAACAAAAAUGAGUUUGCAAAGGCAGAAGUAGUAAGUGAAAAGGAAGAGAAACAAGAAGUAUCUGUUGCUGCAAGCACUGAAGAGGAACCAAUGGAAUGUGAGGAAGCAAUGGAGGUUGAUGAUGAAGAUGAUGAGAUUGUUUUUAAUAUUGGUAAAAGUAAAAAUAUUGAUACUGUUAACAUUGUUUGUGAAGAGGAAGUUGUGAAUAAAAGUUGUGGAGUCCUUGAGGAAAGAAAUAUUGAAGAUAACAAAAUAUCUGAAAUAGAAAAUGAAGAAAAUGUAGCAACAGUUGAAAAUACUGAUAAUGAAUUAACUAUUAAAGCAAUUUCUGAAAACAACGGUGAGACUGAAAAAGUAGAGAACACUGAAAGUGUUUUGAAUAAAGAAAAUAGUGCAGAAGAUAAAAAUGAGGAUUCAUGUGUGACAAAAGAAGUUGAUAGCAAAGAACAAAUAAAAUCAGACAAAGAGAAAUGUGUUGAUGAGUGUGAAAAGAUCGCUGGAGUUGUUGUAGAGCAGCCAGCACCAGAUGCUCAGAAGUCAGCAGAUGUGUUGAAGGAUAACCCGGAAAUAAAUAGUGAGAAAAGGACAGUCUCUAAGAAAACCAAGGAUGAUAGUUCAGAUGAGGAAUUCAUGUCAGCUGAUGAAGACAUGGAAGUUGAUGAAGUUAAAACACCAGCUAAAUCAUUAGUUGAUACAAAUACUCAGCAAGACUCUGAAACAAAUCUUAAAGAAGAAUCACCAGAGAGAAUUCCUCCCAAAGUGGGAUACAACUUGAACUUUGAUGAUCUUGAUGCAAUGAAUCCAUUUGCAACAAAGAAGAGUUUGUUGAAUAGUCCUGAUGUGGGAAAAGAAGUGGUGAAAAAGAAGACAGAAAAUGUAGUGAAAGUAGAUGAAUCAAAAGUGGAAUCUGUUGACGUAGUAUUAGAAACUGAUGAUAAAUCUGACAAGAAUGAUCAGUAUAAAUCUGCAAAUACAAGUCCUGUGAAAUCUGAACCUCCAAAAGCUGAAAUUAUUCUAUCACCAAAUGCUGCUUUGGUGGAUGAAGUAUGCAGAGAUAAGACAGCUGGUGACAUAUUUGAGGAAAGACCUGACUGUUUACUACAAGAUGAUGGUAAAGAGUCUAGUAAUACAGAAAGCUUAAAUGAAAAAGAUAAAUCUGUUUCAGACACAAUAUCAGAAAGUCUUGGGUCUGGCACAAAGAAGGAACUUGAUUUUGACAAUAUAGACCCUUUUAAACCUAAGACACAGAUUGUCAACACCCCAGAUAAGGCUAAACAAGAAGAAAAGACAGAAAUUGAAUUAGAAGAUCCAUUUAAACCAUCUAAACAAAUCAAGAAUACACCUGACAAAGCUGAUAUAAAGGAUCAGGUUAUUGAUACUCAGACCAAGACUAAUAACAUAGCUAAGGUUGAAAAUGUAGCAUCAGAGGAGAAACAAAAUCUGGAACAACCAAGAACUGAUAUAGAAAUUCCACUUACACCACAGAAAGAAGUGGCAGAGACCAAUGAUCAACCUGCAGCAUCUCCUGAAAUUCCUGUGACCAGAGGAGCAUAUGAUUUGGAUGCGUUGAACCUAGAUGACAUUGAUCCUUUCAAACCGUCAAAGCAAAUGGGAAACUCACCAUGUGCAAUCACCAGUUCCAGUAAACCAGCAGAGAUAGACCCAUUUAAACCUAAGAAGCAAAUUCAAAAUUCUCCUGUUGCAAGUAAGGAAAAUACCAAAACAGUAAAUGAAGAAAUUGAUCCUUUCAAGCCUAAGACUCAAAUAAUGAAUUCACCAGAUUCUAAGAAAGGCGUUCAGGAAAUUUCUGACAGCAGCAAAGUUGAUGUUGAAACAACAAAACCUGUAGUAGAAGAAAAGACCGGUGAAGAAAUAGUUCCACUGGAAACUUUGGAUGAUAUAGAGGAUCCUUUCAAGACAAAAUCACAAAUAGUUAAUUCCCCAGUAAAGGAGAAGGAAGAUACAAAAGAAAUAGAAAAUGAUCCUUUUAAACCCAAAACUCGAAUUCAAAAUUCGCCUGCUAAAGCAGAUGCUGAGGAUACUUUGGGUAACUUUGAAAGUUUAGACAUUAUUGAUCCAUUUAAGCCGAAAAAGCAGAUGCAAAACUCACCAGCUGGUAAAACAUCAGACAUUGAUAUGGUCGGAUUAGACUCUGCAAGUUUAGACAGCCUUGAUCCAUUUAAAUCAAAUUCAAAAGUUCAGAAUUCACCAUCGGGAAAAGAAAAGGAAGCAAUUGCAGAAAUAUUAGACCUAGAAUUGAUAGAUGAUCCAUUUAAGCCGAGUAUUCAAAUGCAAAAUUCACCUGCAUUGAAAGAUUCUAAAAGUAGAGUAAAGGGAACAGAAAGUGAGAAGACAGAAGUCUCGGGUUCCAAAGCAGAUAAGACUCUAACAGAUGAUAAUAUUGAUCCCUUUGCAGAUGUUGAUCCAUUCAAAUCAAAGAAACAGCUUGCAAUGUCUCCUUCAGUGAAAUCAGACAGUAUGAUAGACCCAUUUGCGGAUCUGAAUCCAUUUCAAACAAAGUGUAAAGUUGCAAAUUCACCUGAGAAAACAGAAAGUGCAAUUGCUGAGAAAGGUUUGGACGAUUUGUCAAAUACUGACCCAUUUAAAUCUAAAAGUAAAAUAGCAAACUCACCAGGUUUGCAAACCAUAGAAGAGAACCCAUUUGUGUCAAAGUCAAGAAUAGUCAAUACACCUACUAAAGAAGAUGACCCAUUUGCACAAAAGACUGAGAUCCCGACAACACCGCCAAAUGAACCUGUUGAGCAAGUUGACGGGCUAGGCGACAUAUUUGAAGUUCAGGGAGUGACAAGACGAGGUCAGGAAGGGUCACAGUUAGAGAAAUUUGGAGAUAUAGAUGAGUCACAGUUUGUCUCGGCCUCACAAGUGUUCAACGAUCCUGCAGCUUGGGAGAUGUUAGAAAAAUUAGGAGGUACUACAACCGACAGUGGUGCGGAGUCUGCACUGUCAAGGAUGUCUCUGUAUGUGAAGUUUGACCCACUUGUUGAUGAAGCACCUAUUAAUCCUAGAAGAAUCAGUAUCAGAGUGUCACAGCUAGAAAAAGUGAAAGAAUAUGGACUUGAUGAAACCUUACUGUUACUUGGAACACCUCCAAAGAAGAGACGUCAGUCGUUGGCAAGAACUACUCCCUCAGGACUUAAGUCAGCUCCCGGUGCAGGGCCCCAACCUCCUAGCAAGAAGACAGAGCCAGUGGGUGUGACACCAGGAGCUGUUGAUCUCAUCCUUGCAUACAGUCCUAAAGAAAAAGAGCAGCAAGAGAAAAGUGGCAACAAGCCAGAUGGGCCUAUAAUGAAGCUGUUGGAUGAUGUGGAUUCCACUGAAGAAUCUGAAAACUUGUUCCAGGAAUUGAAGUACACAGAUGCUGACUUGAAGAGAUUUCAGCGUGAUAACAAGCUAGCUAUGCAGGGUAUGCUUAUCAACAAAGAUAAGGAAUGGUGUAAGAAGGAAAAGCAGUGGGAACAAGAGAAAUCCGAGCUGAUCAAGAAAUGUAAACAGAUUAAACAAGACAGGGAUAAGCUGGAACAAGCAUUUUUGACACUGGAACAGACUGUUUAUCAAAUAGCAGCUGCAAGGGAUGCUGCAGAUAAGAAAGUACUAGAAGUAACUGGUGAAAAAGAACAGGCACUACAAGAUAUUCAGGCAGUUGAAACAGCAUUCUCAGAUCUACACAGGCGGUAUGAAAAGGCAAAGACUAUGAUCAUUUCUAUGAAAAAGAAUGAGGAAACCUUGAAGAAGCACACGGCUGAAAGUCAGGAGAAACAGAAAAAACUGAAUGAAAAAUUACAUGCUUUAGAAAAAUCUGCACAAGAAAAGUUAUCAGCGAAUAAACAAGAAAUAGAGAAGUUAGAACAGCAACGAGACUCUGUACAGAGUAAAUUUGAUGCUCAGAUGAAAAUCUCAAAUAUGAAGAUAGAAAAUCUGGAAACUACAUUACAAAGAAAGACUGAAGAGAAUAAACAGCUUACAGAAAUCUGCGACAAUUUGUUGGCCAAAGUUGGACAGUGAAAACAGUCCUGUGCAAUAUUUGACUUGUUACUAUCUUGAAUGAGUAACUUAUUGUGAAUGAGAUAUUAAACUGUAGGCGGUAUACAUUAGUAUGCUAUGUGAGGGGCAUACAUUUAACCACGGAAUGAUUCCUUACUGGAUGCUUAGUGGAUGCUGCAUAGGUGUGGAAGUGUAAAAAUAGAAUGAACUUGACCUCAGCAAAGGUAAACAUUAAGAAGGAAUGUACUUUUGAAACAUACUUUGUUUCCUAGCUGAUUAUCUGGUCUGGUUCAAGCCGUAUUCAUAUAAUAUAACCAUAAUGUAAAAAACAAAACAUUUUGGGUCAUAAUAUGGCAAGUAUUUUGACAUUUGAAGGAAAGAAGUGCUUCUAGUGUACAGAGAGAUAAACAGACUUGAAAAUAAAGACAGUUUAUGUACUCUUGCAUGUCGUCUUUUCCUAGUUUAUAUGUUAACUUUGUACACAAUUUGUUUCUAGAUUUUGUUAUAUAAUACUAUAUUUAUUAGUUAUUGUUUGAAUUGUCAGUCCGUCACAUUUUCUUGUGAAGUCAACUCCUCCAACAAAUUCCAUCCAGCUCGAAUGAAACUUGACAUACAUCAUCAACAUAAAAAGGGACAUGAGCAUAUUGUCUGAACUUCCAUGGUUUUGUUGCGACUCGAGUUAUUGCCCUUUUUAAGCUUAACAAUAUCACAAUUUCAUUUGCAUCUUGUAUACUCCAUCCUAUGGUGUUUCAGUCCAGUCCUAAUGAAACUUUGUGUACGUCAUGAACUAAACAUGAAUUAUUUUUGCACUUCCAGGUCCAGUUACCAUCAUUUAUAUAACUGAAAAAGUUUUGAAUAUGACAUUAAACCUGUACACAUACACACUUCAUGUCCAGCUAUAUUUUCUUGUGUUUUGCUCCUUUUCUUGAAAAAAACUGGACAUGCACAUUUUUAAAGACUUUCAUGUCAGAUUAUUAGCUUGUCUGAUUUUUAAAAAAAAUAAAUGAGGUUAUUGCCGUCACUUGAUCGUCAGUGGUUGUGUUGGUUAAAAUUUUUGUUUAGGUCACCUUUUCUCAAAAACUAUUAGAGGUUCAGCUUUGAAACUUUGCGCACUUGUUUAUCAAAAGUAUUCAGAUGGGUCUCCAUGGACGAGUGGUUAAGGUUGCUGACUUCAAAUCAUUUGCCCUUCAUCGAUGUGGGUUUGAGCCUUGCUUGAGUCGUAGAAUUCUUCGUAUGAGGAAGCAAUCCAGCUGGCUUACACAAGGUUGGUGGUUCUACCCAGGUGCCCGCCUGUGAUGAAAUAAAGCACGGAGGGCCACCUGGGUUCUCCCCCACCAUGAAAAGCUGGAAAGUUGCCAGAUGACCAAUAACUGUGUAGAUGUUAUGUUAAAUAAAACAAAAGUAUUUAGAAUCUUGGUUCUAAUUUUUUGUUUAAAGAAAUUAGCAAGUAUUAGAUAUAUUCAUAUACAAAGUUUUCUGAAUUUACAGUAUUGAAAGGUGAAUCAUUUCCUAGCAUGUUUGCUUAUGCGGAUUUCCGUGUAAGUCAGUAGCGUUUUGGCUCCACCCACAUGUUUAAGGUGACAUUUAAGCCAUAUGACUAGCCUUAAGAUCAGUAGGAAGAAAAACUAUAAAUAAAGAUAUAAUAACAGGUUAUUAGGUAGUGCUUAGUUACUGAUUGACAUGUGUAUUUAUUAAACCAUAUGCACCGCUUAUACAGCAAGGUAAUGAAUCAUAUUUCAUUCCAUUGUGCCAUGAAUUGUAAAGCUAACAUUAUAACUUAUUUCUGUCUCAGGAUGAUAAAAGAUCUCACUUCUGCAAGAUAAAAUUAAUGCAGUUUCAACUUUCAUUGAUGUUGAUAAUAUUUGGUAGUAUUUGAAUGUAUGAAAUAGUGCUUCUGUAUUAACUAGUAUUAAGCCAAUUAAUUAAUGAAGUUAAGUGCUGUAAAAUUGUUUUUCAUACAAUAUUUUAUAGUUUCACUGGUGGCUCAAAAGGACCAGUCCAGUCAUUUAUGUUUAUAUUUAAAUUGUGCAAGUUGUUUAUUUCUUGUAGAGAAUCUUGUACUGGUCAAAUGUAAAUUUACUCAAGUAGAAUAUAAGGAUCUUACAUGCCUGCCUGUGUAAGACGGGGUUUUCCCUACCCGAGGGACAGUGUGGAAUGGAAAACUAAGCGUUAACGAGGUUUUUUUAUCCAUGCUGUCCCGAGGGUAGGGAAAACAGCUGUCUUACACAGGCAGACAUGUUAGAUCAUUUUUCUUGCCUAUCAUGUUCAAAAUAGAUCGUGGAGACAAAUAGGUUUUUGGUGUUUCCUGACAUUAUUUAUAAAGUUUAUGACGUCACAAUGGUACCAGUACUAUGUGACGUCACCUUAGUGCACGCUAUUUUAGACAAGGUUUUUCCCUAGGGAAAGACAGGAAUAUCUAUCCCCGGCGCGUGCUCGGAUUUAUAUAUACUUUCCCCGCUAGGUAGGCAAGAACAUGUGUUCUGUGCAAAUAUUUCACCAAAUGCAUGUGACUUGUUGUAUUCCUUUCUUUGCCUUAUUUCCACCAUAGACAAACACUUCUCAUACAUUCUUAAGUUAAUAUUUUUCUCUUCUUUUCUUACUAUGACUACCUUGUUACUUUAAUAAUGCAUUAAUUUAUAUAGAUUUAAACAGGAGUCAUUUUGUUUAUGAAAAUCAGUACAAAUAAUCAACUUGAUGCAACUGAGAUGUAAAUGUGUAUUAUACUGAUAUUCUUUGUGAAUGAAUUGAUGUUGCUUUUAAACUGUUCUUUUUUGUCUCUGUGUUGUUUGUCUGGACUGCCUUUCCGUUUCUCUAUUACCUUUCCACAUCCUUGUAUCCUGUAUCUUUCUAUCAACUUUCCAUCUGUUUUUUAUAUCAUU